UUUGCUUGCAAAUUCUUAUUUGACGUUAAAACUUGGUAGAGGAAAGACAUCAUGGAUUUUUGUUAUAUAUGGCCAAUUCUCGCAUUAUCGGUGAUUCUACAUUGGAUAUAUAGAGUCAGUGAGGAUUACUAUAUACUCUCGUUCUUUUCACGGCGAGUGCGUGCCAAGGAGGGCAAAUCAUUGGACAGUAUAGCUUCCGUAGCCCCAGGAUGUACGAUAUUUGGCAAUUGCUUUGAUCUAUAUGGCAAAGACAAUGGAGAAGUUUUCAACUAUUUUCGUAAUUUGGCCAAGACCAUGAAGAGAAGUUAUAUACAGUAUAAUGUGGGAGUGCCAGCCUAUCAAAUAAUUGAUGCCGAAAAUGCAGAGAUAAUGCUUAACGAUCAGAAUCUGAUAAGCAAGGGUUUGAUCUAUGAUUUUUUACAUCCAGCUCUUAAAACUGGAAUAUUGACCUCAACUGGUAAAAAAUGGCAUAUGCGUCGUAAGAUGUUAACACCGACAUUUCAUUUCAAUAUAUUGGAACAAUUUCAAGAGAUUUUCAAAUCGGAGAGUAUAAAAUUUGUUCAACCAUUCAUUGGACAGGAGGAAUCGGAGAUUUCUCUCAGUAAGCUUAUACCUCGCUUCACUCUGAAUAGUGUUUGUGAAACCGCCAUGGGUAUUAAAUUGGAUGAUAUGCACGGAAAGGGGGAUCGUUAUCGUGAAAGUUUUGAAAUGAUUGAGAAAUCGUUUAUCAAACGUCUGAGUAAUCCUUUAUAUUGGAAUAAUUGCUUCUAUAAUUUAUUUGUGGCCAGUAAAAAUGAACCUUUUCUGAAAGUGGUUCAUGACUUUUCCAGUGAGAUUAUUGCCAAAAGACGUAUACUCCUUGAGGACAUAUUGGCCGAGAAACUCAAAACUCAGACGGCAGAUGAUGAUAUCUACAUUAACAAGAAGACACGUUUCGCCAUGUUGGAUACUUUACUUUUGGCUGAGAAAGAUGGUCUUAUAGAUCAUUCAGGCAUUUGCGAAGAAGUGGACACUUUGAUGUUUGAAGGAUAUGAUACUACAUCAAAUGGUAUUAUUUUUAGUCUGAUGAACUUGGCCCUCUAUCCGGAGAUGCAGGACUUGUGCCAUGCGGAAAUUCAGAACAAUAUUGAGGAUGACUUGAGCAACUUGGAUAUGAUACAGUUGUCCAAAUUGAGAUAUAUGGAAUGUUUCUUGAAGGAAACUUUGCGUCUAUUCCCCCCCGUGCCCAUUAUAGUUCGUAGGACAACACGUGAAACUGAAUUGGCAAAUGGUUUAAUCUUACCCACAAAUACUCAAAUCGGUGUGCAAGUGUUCGAUAUACAUCGCAAUCCAAAAUAUUGGCCCCAACCAGAUGAAUUUCAACCCGAACGUUUUUACAAGGAGAACUCAAAGGAUCGUCCUACUUAUGCCUAUUUGCCUUUCAGUGCGGGUCAAAGGAAUUGCAUAGGUCAAAAAUAUGCCUUCUUGGAAAUGAAAACUUUAUUGGUUGUCGUUCUCAAACAUUUUAAAAUUUUACCCAUAAUGGAUCCGGAGUCUUUUGGUUUUCAUGCUGGUAUCACUUUGAGAACCAAAAAUAAUAUUCGAGUUAAGCUAGUGAAAAGAGCAAACAUCAUGAUAAUUGCUUGCUUGUGGUUCACUGCUUUAGCCAUUGUUAUACAUUGGUUAUAUAAACUUAAUAAUGAAUACUUUAUACUCUCAUUCUGUUCACGACGAGUGCGAGCCAAGCCAGGCAAAACUGUAGAGAGUAUAGCCGCCUUACCCCCCGGACGUACGAUAUUUGGCAACUGCUUGGAUUUAUAUGGCAAAGACGAUGCUGGUGUGUUUAACUAUUCGCGUAAUUUGGCCAAGACAUUGGGAAAAAGUUACAUACAAUAUGGAAUGGGUGUGCCAAUUUAUAAUAUUAUUGAUGCCGAAAAUGCGGAACUAAUACUUAACGAUCAGAAUUUAAUAACCAAGGGAUUGGUUUAUGAAUUUAUACAUCCAGCUCUUAAAACUGGACUAUUGACCUCAACGGGUAAAAAAUGGCAUAUGCGUCGCAAGAUGUUAACACCCACAUUUCAUUUCAAUAUAUUGGGACAAUUUCAAGAGAUUUUCAAAUCGGAAAGUAUAAAAUUUGUGCAACCAUUUAUUGGGCAGGAGGAAACGGAGAUAUCUCUUAGUGACCUUAUACCACGUUUUACCCUGAAUAGUGUUUGUGAAACCGCAAUGGGCAUUAAAUUGGAUGAUAUGGCCGAGAAGGGUGACCGUUAUCGUGAAAGCUUUAAAAUGAUUGAAAAAUGCUUUAUCAGACGUUUGAGUAAUCCGCUGUAUUGGAAUAAUCACUUGUAUAAUCUAUUUGCGGCAAGUGAUUAUGAAUCGCACUUGAAAGAAGUUCAUGAUUUCUCCAGUGAGAUUAUAGCCAAAAGGCGUAUACUCUUUGAAGACGAACUGGCCGAAAGAAAAAAGACACAAACAGCAGAUGAUGAUAUUUUUAUCAACAAGAAGCAACGUUUCGCCAUGUUGGAUACCUUACUUUUGGCUGAGAAAGAUGGUUUCAUAGAUCAUGCCGGCAUCUGUGAAGAGGUGGACACUUUGAUGUUUGAGGGCUUUGAUACCACUUCAAUGGGUCUAAUAUUUGGUCUUAUGAACAUGGCUCAAUACCCCGAGAAGCAGGAACUUUGCUACAAAGAAAUUCAAGAGUAUAUUGAGGAUGACUUUAGUAAUCUGGACAUAACUCAAUUGUCCAAAAUGAAAUAUUUGGAAUGCUUUAUCAAAGAGAAUUUGCGUCUGUAUCCCUCGGUUCCGAUUAUGGGACGUCAGACCACAAGAGAAACUGAGUUGGCAAAUGGUUUAAUUUUACCCGCCUACACUCAAAUAACUUUGCAUGUCUUUGAUAUACAUCGUAACCCAAAGUAUUGGUCUCAACCAGAUGAAUUUCAACCGGAACGUUUUCUCAACGAGAACUCAAAUGAUCGUCAUACCUUUGCAUAUUUGCCCUUCAGUGCGGGUCAGCGUAAUUGCAUAGGUCAAAAAUAUGCCAUUUUGGAAAUGAAAACCUUGCUGGUUGUUGUCCUAAAACAUUUCAAAGUUUUACCUUUAGUUGAACCGAAAUCUUUUGAAUUUCACAUGGGCAUCACUUUGAGAACCAAAAAUAAUAUAAUUGUUAAGCUCGUAAAACGAAAGUAAAAUGAAACAAAGAUAUUUGAAGGAAAUGUGUGUGUUUAAAA